AUGAGCGCCGAGGCUGAAAAACUCAUUCUUGCACUUAUUUAUGGAAUACCUUAUGAAAAUGAUGCGAAAUCCACAAGAAAAAGAAAUAAUUCAGAAAAUUCCAUGAGUUCUAAAAAGUUUAAAAAAAUGAGUGGAGAAAUUAUGGAUUCGAACGAUAUGGAACCCGAAGGAGACACAGAAGAACCCUGGUUCAUCACAGUUUGUAUUUUUUGUAAAAAAAAUUUAACUACAAGAAGUGAAAUAAACGUUUCUAAAUUACUACAGUGCUUGCAUGCGAUUUGUAGUCAAUGUUAUACGUCUUGGGAUGAGUAUGAAGAAAAAUCGUGCCCAGAGUGCCAGAUGCCUUCUAAAAAGGGUGAAGUUAGAGAAAAUAAAGUUUUAUCUGAAAUAGUUUCAGACAUUGAAGUACCCGAUACUGAGGGUAAAGUUUGUAAUAUUCAUGAUGCUCCUGUCACUCAUUGGUGUGAAAACUGUGCCGAGUUCAUAUGUGAAGAUUGUGUUAAUCACCAUGGACAGCUCAAGUCUACAAGAGAACAUAGAAUUAAAACAAAAGAUGAGUAUUUAAAUAGCAUAACAAUCGGAGAACCCAAAAAAGUAUUCCCCUGUACAAUACACCCUCAGAAUCAAUUAACUAUUGUAUGUCAUACAUGUCAUGCUAUGACAUGUCGGGAUUGCCAGCUAGAACUUCACAGGGACCAUAAAUAUGACUUUGUUGCUGAUAGAAUUGAGGAAACUAAAAAAGAAGUCUAUAAUUUUUUCAAGAAAAUAGAGUAUCAUUCUAUAGUUCUAUCUUCAGCUCUUGAUAAAGUAGCUGUGAGAGAAAAAAAACUUGAAGAGUUGAAAAGAAGUAUAAUAAAACAGAUAAAAGAAGUGUUUGAUAUGGUCUAUGAUCUUGUAAAAAAAAGGUGCCGGGAACUGAUGAUAACUGCUGUUACGAAAACAAAUGAAAAACUAGCUGAAUGUAAUAAUGGAAGAACUGAACUUCAAAAGGAUCUUCGCUCAUUAAAAUUGUGUCUUACAUUUGUCAAGUCAGUUCUUUACAAGAGCUCAGACUCGGUUAUAUUCUAUACUAAAGAUCUAAUGUUAAAUCAUAUGGAAAGAAUACGAACAAAAAGUAAAGUUCCUAGCGCAGUUGAUGUAAUCAAUCUGAGAUUUAUGCCUGAAAACAUGGACACUCUUAAAUUAGGUAUUUGUAAUUUUGGUGCACUGUCUGAAGCACCAGACAUAUCUGAAGCAGACACUAGUGUAUACUGGCGAAGUGUCUUUAUGACACUCAUGUCGACUUAUUCCGACCAACUUAUUGGACGUAGAGAUGCUGCUCAGUUACAACCAUCGAAUCAAUCUUGGCAACAGUUAACCGCUGAACUUAAUGAUCAUCUUAAGCAACAGACAUCUCCACAACCGCAUCACCCAUCACAGCAACAUCAGCAACAGUUACAUCAACAACAACAACAACAACAGCAGCAGCAGCAACAACAACAACAACAACAACAACAACAUCAACAACAACUACAACAGCAGCACCAACAGCAACAGCAACUUCUUCAUCAGCAACAGCAACAACACCAGCAGCGUUUGCAGGAACAAAUGCUUCAGCAAAUGCAUGCAAAACAACAGCAGCAGCACCAACAACAAAUGAAACAACAGCAAAUGAAACAACAGCAACAACAACAUCAACAGCAGUUAAAACAACAACAACAACAACAAGUUAUUCCACAUUGGCAGAGGGUACCACCAUUACCACAAUUUAGACAAGAUCGCAUUUCUCCCAGCCAGCAAAACAAUGGCCAGCCUAAACAGAUGCAUCAAAACCUACAAAACAGUGUUUCUUCUUUGCGACAGAGCCCAACGUUACAUGGCAAUCAGCAGGUUGUCUUGGUCUCCUACGGGGCUCAGGGCCAGUUGCAGUCUGGAGGCAUCCAAGGCCGAGGCAGCAAUAAUUCAGUGCCUGUGAAUAACUGUCAACAGAUGAUGCGAGGGUCUCCCUUACAGUCCCAGAUGUCUCAGCAGUUGCCUCUUCAGCAGUGCCUCCCCCCUUCGACCAAUCAUCAAGUUCUACCUAAUGGCCUACAUCACAGGAUCGCUAGCCAAGCCAAUGCCGUUGCUCAGCAACAAAUGGCAGCACAUGUCAUGCAGCAAAGAGUAGGGCAGAUGCAACAUAUAUACAGGCCUAAUAGUGUUCAACAAUCUGCGAUGAUUGUUAGGACCCAAGCCAGUCUGCAGGCUCAACCCUCUAUACGUUCUCCACCUAUAAGAACCAUAUCUCCUACUGUGUCUCUGCAUCGAACAGGACCUACAGUAAGACCAGUAAAUACGGCUCGGCUACCUAUGAGCCAGCCUGAACGGAUGCCUACUCAUCAGGAAAGGGUCCCCGCACUUCAUCAAGAAAGACUCCAGCUUCACCAUGAGCGGAUUCCACAAGGACAUCCAGAACGUGGCCAACUCGGGGUGAAAUACCCCAAUGCCCCAAAUCAUCAAAUGAGCGAACAUCCAAACAGGGCACCUCCUCCUCCAUAUUCGUUCCAGCUGUGGCAUAUCCCUGAGACUGUACCUAUGGCUCCCAAAUCUGGUGAGCCUCCACCGAAUCCUCAUUCUGAUAAUAUUAAGAAAGUCAGAAUCAGUCCUCCUCAAUUACUUGAACCAACCACGAGCAUCAAUCCACAACAAAUGGAAAUGGGAGUUCCUCGACAAUCAGCAGUCCACACCAGCCAGCUUGCCAGUCGGUUACAGCAGCCUGACAAGAGUCACCAAGACCAAGUGGAAUUGCUAAAACAAAAACCUGAAGUUAGCUUGUUACCCUCUAAACCGGCGGCAAAUCCAGCUCCGGCCAUCAACAUCAAAGAGGAGCAAAUGUCAGAGAAUUUUGCUGAUGUCUUAUCCACUCUAAAUGAGUUAAAUAAAAGUUUAGACAAAGUUGAAAUCGCCAAUGAUAGGCCAUCAACUGAAGAUCGUGAAGAUUCUCAUGAAGAUUGGUGUGCCGUCUGUAUGGAUGGAGGAGAUCUUGUCUGCUGUGAUAUUUGUCCUAAAGCUUUUCAUUAUGGUUGCCAUGUUCCUGUGAUUACACCUGACGAGGCGAAAGGUGAUUGGCAGUGUCUUUUGUGUAAAUCAGUCGAACCUGUAGUUAACGCUGAUCCGACCCUUCAGUGCCUUUCACAUACCGAGAAGAGAGCUGCUUCAAGGUUGCUGUUAGAAAUAUACUGUCAAUAUGAUGCAAGCUUGAAUUUAAGGCUGCCAGUACCACCACAGAAUACUGCUUAUUAUGACAUGGUGAGGCAACCGAUUUGCUUGGAUCAGAUUCGAGAUAAAAUGUCGAGCAAUCGCUAUAAAAGUAUGAUUGAAUUUGUUAGUGAUAUAAAAUUGAUGUUCAACAACUUCUACCUUGUGAAUCCCGCUGAAAGUCAAGCUGUGAUUCAGACGAAAUCUCUUGAAGAACUCUUCAACUCUCUUCUUUCCCGGUUUUUGGCAGAUCCUGUUCCUAAUGUUGCUUGUAUUAAGACUGAAGCAAUGGAAACGUGA